AUGCCUCUCGACACAUCAACCACAUACCCUCUCACCAAACUUCGAUUAGACGGGCGACGAUGGAACGAACUCCGAUUACUGCAGUCGCAGAUAUCCACGAACCCUGCAAGCUCAGGGUCUUCUUACCUCUCUAUGGGGAACACUUCGAUUAUGUGCACUGUCCACGGCCCUCACGAAUCCAGCAGUGCAGGAAACGCUGCUGAAGCGGUGGUCGAAGUAGACGUUAAUGUUGCCGGAUUUGCGGGCGUGGAUCGGAAAAGGAGAGCAGGGGGAAGUGAUCGACAAACCCUACAACUCUCGAAUGCCCUUCGAUCUGCGUUCCAGUCUCAUCUACACACCUACCUCUACCCACACAGUACGAUAAGUGUACAAAUCUCCGUACUGUCGGCAGACGGCUCGCUGCUCGCCGCCGCCAUGAACGCAUGCACACUGGCACUUGUUGACGCGGGGAUACCGAUGCCGGGGCUACUAUGCGGGUGCACAGUGGGAAUGAGUGGAAGCGCAUCAACACCCCGCGAUGCUAAUGACGAAUCACUUGACCCUUUACUCGAUUUAUCGCUGCCAGAAGAACAGGAAUUGCCAUUCAUCACAAUCGGUACUACGACGGCGCUGCCCAUAAGUGCGGAGGGGGUGGACGAAGAGGUGGAUGAUAUGAAGGUGUCUGUACUGCAUAUGGAGACGAGAAUGCAUAAUUCAUAUCUGGAGACGUUACUUGCUGUAGGAAUUGAUGGGUGUAAACAGAUCAGAGAGAUUUUGGAAGGGUUGGUGAAAGGGUCCAAUACGGCGUUCGUACCUCAAAGUAUUGACAAUGAUGUAUGA